AUGAGAGCUUGGCUCGUUGCCAAGGCGGAAGAAGACAAGAGGAGGCAAGAGGAGGAAAGGACGCGGCAAGAGAGCUACCGGCUGGAGCAGAGGAAGACGGAGCACGAGAUUUUGAGGACGUCACUGCAGGGCGGGAUACCGCCACCGCUGGUCCCCGUCGUCUUCGCCGGACUGGGUGGCGGCGCGUUGUCGCCAGCGGCUUUGGAGUGGGCGCAGCAGUUCAUGAUGCCCCAAUCCCCGCAACCGCACCCGCCCGCGCUGAUGCCGUCGGGAGCCGCCUCGUCGGAGCAGCAGAGGCGAGAUUCGCAUGCUCAGUCGUUCGGACAGUACCCACUCUCGGUGGGGGUUCCAUCCACACCAGGAUCAGCGCAGGGGCCGCCCGCUGCGUAUAUGUCGGGCUACCCGGGUUCCCCGACGAGGCCGAGAGGCCAGAGCAUGCCAGGGGCGAUGGCGGGACGGUCGCAUCCUGGGAGUGGUUCAAACUUGCCCAACCUGAACAUCAACGUUCAGGGCGGGCCAGGCGGCACUUCAGGGGUGGUCGGUCACCAGCCGGGGAUGGCCCAGCCGCAGCAGCAACAACAAGAGCAACAAGCGUCGCCGUCCAUCUACUUCCACCAUUGGCAACCGCCAACGACGCAGGCUGGAGGACGCGGCGGCACCGACCAACCCGCCACGCCCUCAGUAGGGGAAUCGCCUCGAAAACGCAAGGCACCAGGGCCCCAGCAGCCAGCGCCACCGCCGACGACGACGCUGACAGGCCAACGGCACCGCUCGCCGCCCUUUUCCCACAGUACGGGCUUGUCAAACCCGCCACCGGGCCGCAGGCGAGGACAUGCCCGACAGCGGAGCGAUCUGGAAUCAUACCGGGCCGGCGGUCGGGGACGUGGGGACAGCACCGGGCCAGGGAGGGAGAUGUCGCCGAUGCACACGUCAGGGGCAAGCUCGGCGCGAGAUAGCGGCGAGCCGUCCUCCUCGGCUCCGCCCCAGCAGCCGCAGGUCCCACCACCCGCGCCUCCGGCUGCACAGGCUCCGUCGGCCCGGACAGGGGCGCACUCCGUCUCGUCGCUCCUGUCAGACACACCGCAGUCCCCGCGGGCGACAACAACGCGCUUCGCACCACCCGGGACGACACCGGCGGAACCAACGGUCCACCAUCAACACCAUCACCACCACCACCAACACCAACACCACCAGCAACAACCGCAGGAGCAAUAUGGCAAAACCGUGCGAAGAAGCUCACCGCUUUCGUCGGAAGAAUAA